UCACCAUCAGUGAUCUGUCAUUUUAUUCGAUUGUUAUCACAUUUGUUGCUAAAAAUACAUAUUUAGAGACGAAGAAGUGCUUUCUUUUGUGUCGAGUUACAACAAUUACUUAUAAAGUGGCGUAGAAUAUUUGUAACUAAUGUCGAAAUUCGAGGAUAAUCCGUUUAGCGAUCCGACCAUAGACAACCCCUUUGCUGACCCGGCGGUGCAGCAAGUGGCAAGAAGCACUAACAAUGCCACGCGUGGUCUGGACGAUUACAACCCCUUUGAUGGACAACAAAAUGCAAAUCAGGCUACGCCAUCACAACAGCCUACACAGCCUGCGAUAAUGCAGGCUGUAUCACCACCAAACAGUGGUGGUCAGUACCAGAGACCUACACAACAACAGCAACCCCAGGGACCUCCACCAAACUUUACUACUGCAGACUUUCAGAGGCGGCAAGAGGAGCUAGAACGUAAGGCCGAAGAGUUGGCACGACGAGAAGCGGAACUAAGAGCGGGAUCAGCGGGAAGACGUAAUAAUUGGCCACCACUGCCUGCCUUCUGUCCGGUGCAACCAUGCUUUUACCAAGACAUCAAUGUCGAUAUCCCCUUGGAAUUCCAAAGGAUCGUACGCCACUUAUAUCAUCUAUGGAUGUUCCACGCACUAGUGUUAGCUGUGAACAUCAUUGGCGGUAUGUCGAUCAUGUUCGCGGGCCAGGGUGUUGAGACCUUCGGUCUGUCAAUCCUAUACUUCAUCCUCCUUACACCGUUCAGCUUCAUAUGCUGGUACCGGCCUAUCUACAAGGCGUUCAGGAGCGACUCUUCUUUCAACUUUAUGGUCUACUUCUUCAUAUUCCUGUUCCAAAUCAUCAUCACCAUUGUGCAAUCAAUCGGAUUUUCAGGUGGAGGUUCUUGUGGCCUGAUUACCAGCAUUUCUAUGUAUUCACACAACGUAGCAGUCGGUAUAAUCACCACACUAAUUACCAUUGGGUUCAUCACAUGUGUUGUGGCUGAUGUAAUGCUGAUGGCAAAGGUACACCGUAUAUACAGAUCGACGGGCGCAUCGCUAGCUAAGGCCCAGGCGGAGUUCACGACUGAAAUCCUCCGCAACCAGCACGUACAGACCGCCGCCUCCAGCGCCGUCGCAGCCACAGUCAAUGCGCAAAUCGCCAACGCCAACGCCAACAGAUACUAACCUCCACGGUAAUUAUAUCUACGUUUAUAUUAGGGUUUUCAAUCUCUGAAUACAGAGUAGGGAUGGUCGAUAUUAGAAAAAUACCGAUGUUGACAUCGAUAUCAUUAUCGAAAGCCCA